CGACCGGAAAGCCGGGAGGUGGCCGGGCGGAGGGCCGGAGCCAUGGCGGCCAGGGCUGCAGGCGGGGGGCGCUGGGAGGUGGUGAAGAAGGGCCGGCGGCCUGGGGCCGGCGGCGGCGGUGGCGGCGGUCGAGGCGGCGGCGGGGACCGCCGGGCGCUCGGAGAGGCGAACGGAGUGUGGAAAUACGACCUGACCCCUCCAAUCCAGACCACAAGCACCCUUUAUGAGCGGGGCUUUGAGAAAAUCAUGAAGCGGCAGAAUAAGGAACAGGUUCCACCCCCUGCUGUGGAUCCUAAGAAACCUGCCAACAAGAAGCAGCCGAAGAAGGUGGCAACUGUCACCAACCAAAACCAGAAGCAGGGCCGCUUCCGCAGCCUAGAGGAGGCAAUGAGAGCUCUGGAUGUGGCAGCUCUACAGAGAGAACUGGACAAGAGCCAGAGCGUGUUCGUUGGGAACCCCUCCGUGUGGUUGAAGGACCUGGCCAGCUACCUCAACUACAACCUCCAGGCUCCUCAGAGUGAACCCACACUCAGCCAGCAUACUCAUGAUUAUCCCUACAGCCUGGUGAGCCGAGAGCUGCGUGGGAUCAUCCGAGGGCUCCUGGCAAAGGCAGCAGGGUCUUUGGACCUCUUUUUUGACCAUUGUCUGUUCACCAUGUUGCAAGAGCUCGAUAAGACACCAGGGGAGUCAUUACAUGGUUACCGCAUCUGUAUCCAGGCCAUUCUGCAAGACAAGCCCAAGAUUGCCACCACGAAUCUGGGCAAGUUCCUGGAACUGCUGAGGUCCCACCAGAACCGGCCUGCAAAAUGCCUGACCAUCAUGUGGGCCCUGGGACAAGCAGGUUUUACCAACCUCACCGAGGGACUGAAAGUGUGGCUGGGGAUCAUGCUGCCUGUGCUGGGCAUCAAGUCUCUGUCUCCCUUUGCCAUUGCAUACCUGGAUCGGCUGCUCCUGAUGCAUCCCAACCUCACCAAGGGCUUUGGCAUGAUUGGCCCCAAGGACUUCUUCCCACUUUUGGACUUUGCCUAUAUGCCCAACAACUCCCUGUCACCCAGCCUGCAGGAACAGCUGUGUCAGCUCUACCCCCGACUGAAGGUGCUGGCGUUUGGAGCAAAGCCGGAAUCUACCCUACACACCUACUUCCCUUCCUUCCUGUCCAGAGCCACCCCUAACUGUCCACCAGGGAUGAAGAAAGAGCUCCUGGGCAGCCUGACUCAUUGCCUGACAGUGGACUCCCUCAGCACCAGCAUCUGGAGGCAGCUGUACACCAAACAUCUGUCACAGUCCAGCCUGCUGUUGGAGCACUUGCUCAAGUCCUGGGAGCGAAUUCCCAAGAAGGUACAGAAACCUCUGCAAGAAACCAUUCAGUCCUUCAAGCUUACCAACCAGGAGCUGUUAAAGAAGAACAGCAGUAACAACCAGCAUGUUGUCACCUGUGAUAUGGCCUGCAAGGGCUUGUUGCAACAGACAAGGGGCCCUCGGCCACCCUGGACCCGGCUAUUGCUAUUGCUGCUGGUCUUUGCCAUAGGUUUCCUGUGUCAUGACAUCCGGUCACACAACUCUUUUCAGGCCUCCCUCACUGGCAGGUUGCUUCAGUCAUCUGGUUUAUCGCCUGCUGGCCAGCAAGUAUUCGCCACACUUUACUCCUACAGCCUGCAAGGCUACAGCUGGCUAGAGGAGACAUUGCCAGCCUGUGGCUCCCACCUGCUCACCAUGGUACAACCCAGUUUGCAGCAGGCCUGGGCCCACACCAAUGCCACAGUCAACUUCCUUUCUGCCCACUGUUCCUCCCACCUUGCCUGGUUCAGUGACAGCUUCACCAGCCUCUCUCAGAGGCUACAGAUCCAGCUUCCAGACACCCUGCACCAGCUAUUCCAUUAUGUGACGGAGCUGUUCCUGCUUCUCUACCAGAGUGUGCUGCUGCCUCUUUGGCAUCUGCUGCUUGAGGCCCUGGCCCGGGCCCAGGAGCACUGCCAUGAGGUGUGCAGAGGUGAGUUGACCUGGAACUGCCUGAAGACACAGCUCAACGAGGCUGCCCACUGGAUCUGGCUCUGCCUACAGGACAUCACCGUGGCUUUCUUGGACUGGGGACUUGCCAUGAUAUCCCAGCAAUAGGCCCCACCUUCCCAACCAUUGGUUCUAUCAUGGGCAGGCCAUCUGAGACUCUGGAGGGUGGAGGGUGGCUCUGUUUUAAUUUGGUGCCUGAGUUCCAUCUCCUAGGCAAAGUAGCCAGUUGCUUCUGACCCAGUUCUUCCAUCUUUAGUAGGGACUGGGCCAGAGAUCUUCCAAUCUGCUCACAAGUCCACAGGAGGACCCACAGAGCUUCCUGGGAGCUAUGCAACGGGCCUUCAUCCUUGGUCUAGUCACCUAUACUACUCUCUUGCCUCCUGCUCCUCCAUCUCACUUCUAAAGCCCCAAAUUCAUCUCCAAAAAGAUGAGACUGUCAGCAAGUUUACCAGCCUCCUCUUUCCAUUAUCAGUCAAAACAUUAGUCACAGCAGAAAAAGAAAAGGGGCUUCCAGACUGGUCAAGCAGCACAGUGAGCAACAGCAGCUUCACCUCUGCCUGCAACUUGCAUGUGCUAUCAAGUCUAUCUGGGGGCCCAGUGGAAAAGUAUCUGACCUCAGAACACCCAGAAGGCCCUUUGAAGUCCAUCACCACCCACUCCCAUCAGUCCUACAUCAACUGUCCAUACUCCUUCAGUGCUGGGGGCUCUGCCUCAAAGUUCUCCACUUCCCACUCUACUCUCCACCUGGAAAGCGGAGCCCAGGUAGUUGUGUGCCUUGGGCCCCAAGAACCUUCCAUCAUCAGCCCAUUGAGAUCAGCCCACAUAUGGCUUCUGGGUGUGCCUACCAGCUGGAAUAAAGGACACAGGUUCAAUUUCUA